AUGGAGACUCCGGCGACGAGAAGGAAGAGCGGCGUCAAUAUCAAUCUGCCGGCGUCCAUGUCGGGGUCGUCCUUACGCCUCGACACAUCCUCGUCUCCGACCACCACCACCACCAUUAAACUUCCAUCGCCGCUCAAAUCCAUGUCCCCCAGAACCAUCUCAAACCUAUCCUCCCCCUCCAAUGGCGGCGCCGCCUCCACCUGCAGCGACAGGUUCAUCCCCUGCCGCUCCUCCUCCCGCCUCCACACCUUCGACCUCAUCGAGAAUCCAUCGCCGCUCAAGGAAGGAGGAGGAAGCGCCGCCGGCGGCACCAGCGACGCCUACACCAGGUUAUUAAAAGCUGAACUUUUCGGCACUGAUUUCAGUUCUUCUGAUUUUAUUGCAGGUAAUGGUUCGUCAUCGCCCUCGCCAAACAGCCCGAGCAAGAACAUGUUGAGAUUCAAGACAGAGCAGUACCGGUCCGGCCCCAAUUCGCCGUACUCGCCGUCGAUUUUAGGACAUGACAGCCCGCUUUCCAGUGAGGUCUCGACGCCGCCGAAGCCGCCCAGAAAAGUCCCAAAGACCCCUCAUAAAGUUCUCGAUGCACCGUCGUUGCAAGACGAUUUUUACCUGAAUCUCGUCGACUGGUCGUCGCAGAACGUCCUGGCCGUCGGAUUAGGGACCUGUGUAUAUCUAUGGAAUGCCUCAAACAGCAAAGUGACGAAGCUCUGCGAUUUGGGGCCUCAGGACAGUGUAAGCUCGGUGCAAUGGACUCGGGAGGGUUCUUACAUCUCUGUCGGGACAAACCUCGGACAAGUCCAGGUCUGGGACGGAGCUCGUUGCAAGCGUCUUCGGACAAUGGGGGGCCACCAGACGCGAGCCGGAGUGCUGGCAUGGGGAUCGCGGAUAUUGUCGUCGGGAAGCCGAGAUCGGAACAUACUCCAGCACGAUUUACGCGUCCCCGGCGAUUACAUCAGCAAGCUCGUCGGCCAUAAGUCGGAGGUCUGCGGCCUGAAAUGGUCGCACGACGAUCGGGAGCUCGCGUCCGGCGGAAACGACAAUCAGCUGUUGGUGUGGAAUCACCACUCGCAGCAGCCGAUCCUCAAGCUGACGGAGCAUACAGCGGCUGUCAAAGCCAUCGCCUGGUCGCCGCACCAGAACGGCCUCCUCGCCUCCGGCGGCGGAACGGCGGAUCGAUGCAUUCGAUUCUGGAAUACGGCGAGCGGGAAUCAGCUGAACAGCGUCGACACCGGAAGCCAGGUGUGCAAUCUGGCGUGGAGUAAGAACGUGAACGAAAUCGUUAGCACGCACGGGUAUUCACAGAAUCAAAUAAUGGUGUGGAAAUACCCGUCGAUGGCGAAGGUUGCGACUCUGACCGGACACAGCUUGCGGGUGCUCUACCUGGCGACGUCGCCGGAUGGUCAGACAAUCGUGACGGGAGCAGGCGACGAGACACUCCGGUUCUGGAAUGUUUUCCCAUCUGUUAAGACACCUGCAGUAGUUAAAGAAACCGGCCUUUGGUCUCUAGGAAGAACACAGAUCAGAUAACGAAGAAGACAAUCGAUCAAGAAAGAAAACGCAAAAUCAUACUAAAUGUAAAGUGAAAUAAUAUCAUUUCUGUUUGUUUUUCGACAGCUUGUUCAUAAUUCAGGAAAACAAUGUACCUCCGAGAACUCAUUUUUUCUAC